CCUCAGUAACACACUGGGAACUUCAGAAGAAAACCUCCACACCCAGCUCACAGGAGUUCUUAGGUAUGGAAUUGAAGAAGUCUUUACAACUAAAGGGUCCUGAUCAUGAAAACAACUGUGACCAAUCGGAAGUCACUGUGGCUACUGCUGCUGAUAUUAGCCUUCUUGAUCACUUUUACAGUUCUCCAAAAGUCCACAAAGAUACAGACUGCUCUCAAGUUGCCUAUCUCCCUCCAUCACUGGAACAUGAUCACAGAGUCCUCAAGCCCUGGGGCACCUCUGAAUCCAGCAGCUAAACCAACAGAGACUGAGCUAAGAAUAAGUAAGAUCCGGGAGAAACUAGACCAAAUGAUCCCACCCAGACCCUUCACCCAUGUGAACAGCACCACCAGUGCCAAACACAGCACAGUCACCAUCCUUAACCCUAGGGACACAUACUGCAGGGGGGACCAGCUGGACAUCCUGCUGGAGGCCAGGGACCACCUGGGACGCAGGAAGGAAUAUGGAGGGGACUUCCUGAGGGCCAGGAUGUCCUCCCCAGCCCUGAAGGCAGGCGCCUCAGGAAAGGUGACAGACUUCCACAAUGGCACCUACCUUGUCAGCUUCACUCUGUUCUGGGAGGGCCAGGUCUCCCUGUCUCUCCUGCUCAUCCACCCCAGUGAAGGGGUGUCAGCUCUCUGGAGGGCAAGGAACCAAGGCUAUGACAGAGUGAUCUUCACGGGCCAGUUCAUCAAUGGGUCCACACGGGUCAAUACUGAUUGUGCCCUGAUUUUAAACUCAAGCACUGAACUAUGUCAGUACCUGGAUGCUCAAGACCAAGAAGCCUUCUACUGCAUGAGGCCUCAGCAUGUUCCCUGUGCAGCACUCACCCACAUGCAUUCCAAGAACAAGGAAGUUUCCUAUCUUAGCAAACAAGAAAGGACCAUCUUUGUAAGGUCAAAUGUGGGUGUGGAGAUUAUGGAAAACUUCAAUGUGAUUAGUGUCUCCAAAUGCAACAAAGAUCCAGUUCCAGUGAAAGAGAAAUGCAAGCCUAGAAUGACAUCCACAAUCCCCAGUGGGCAUGUCUGGAAAGAAAUAUGGAACCCUGUCUCCUGUGAUUUAGCUCCAAUCAAAAUGAAUGAGUGCCUGAGAGGAAAAUUUAUACACCUAUUGGGAGAUUCCACCAUCCGCCAAUGGAUUGAAUUCUUCAAAGCCAGUAGCAAAACACUCAAGUCAGUGGAUCUGCAUGAGCAUGGAAAAUUGCAACACCAACUAGCUGUGGACUUGGAAAGAAAUAUCAACAUCCAGUGGCAAAAACAUGCUUAUCCCUUGAUUGGAUCAUCUAUUUAUUCAGUGAAAGAAAUUGAGUACAUGGCCCGAGUCAUUGACAGAACUGGAGGAGAAAAAAAUACAGUUGUUGUUAUUUCUCUGGGCCAGCAUUUCAGACCCUUUCCCAUUGAUGUUUUCAUCCGAAGGGCCCUCAAUGUGCACAAAGCUGUUCAGCGACUCCUUCUGAGAAGCCCAGACACCAUAGUCAUUAUCAAGACAGAAAACAUCAGGGAGAUGCACAAUGAUGCAGAAAGACUAAGUGACUUUCAUGGUUACAUUCAAAACCUUGUCAUGAUGGACAUUUUCCAGGAUCUCAAUGUGAGCAUCAUUAAUGCCUGGGAUAUCACAAUUGCAUAUGGUACAAAUGAUGUCCACCCACCACAAUAUGUAGUUGGAAAUCAAAUUAAUAUGUUCUUAAACUAUAUUUGCUAGAUAGCACAUAUCUCUGAAAUUCUUUUAUUUAGGGGAAUGAUCUAUGGAGUGUCUGAUAGCAUAUUGGGUGUCAUUUUUGUCUCAGAACUCCAGUUAGCUGAGAAGACAAUCUUCACUGUGGCUGGUAUGGAUCCACCAGUUCAGCCAACUAAGCUAUUUCUACUAUGGAAUUUCACUUACAAAUAAAACUAAGAGUAGUCAUAAAAAGGUCAUUCCCUCCUCAAUCAGAGUUAUGCUGCUCUUCACCAAUGGGAAUCUAAGACACCUAUGGUAAAAGCUCUUCUCUCUGGUACAUGUGAACUAUCAAGUAAUUGUAAAAUAAACACUUGGAGAAAGACUUUUCAUUUCAUUAUUCCUACCACAAUAGAAAGAUUCUCCCCCAGCUUUAGGGGAGAAGUAUAAUUUUAAGCAAGGUUUCUGAAUCCUAGAAACCUCUAACUUUUCUCUCCUUAUAGGAACUCCCACUGAGAGGUUAUAAUCAGCAUUUAGCAUCCAGGAAAAUUAGGAUAUCACAGAUGAAAGCACAGUGUGCUGUAAUUGAAGGACCUGGGUCUUAGUUCUAUUAUGGCCAGUAAUUUUAAGACCAAAUAAGUCAGUUCAGUUCUCUAAGCAGCAGUUUCUCAAAAUGAGAGGUCAGUCUAAAAUGUAUGAUCUUAUAAAGUAAGACCUUGCUCUGUGUGAUUCUGGGAGAGGAGACAGGAGAGGUACCUGGGGGGCUGGGAACAGGUUCCAUUGCUCCAGCCCCAGUAUCAGCCCCUCCGUCCUACGUGUGUAUUUCACUUCUGGGUGAGCUUCUGCUUUGGACAAAAAAGCUCCACUACUUAAAACAUAUUUGAAAGCCCUUCUGUACAUAAUGAAAAAUGUUGGUUCCUAUAAUCUACAGAGGAAAGUUAGCAUUUUAACCACUCUCAUUUGCACUUUAAUAGGUCUUCCCCCCAAAAAAGUAACCAAAAAGGAAUGACUGAUAUGAGAAUGUCAGUUGAAUGGGACAAUUUAAUUAUCACAAAAUAAUGUGGCAACAUACUCUUCCUUAAUUUUACACAACAGGGCUCUAACCUACUCUUACUGUAUCUGGGAAAAAGUGGAUAUAAUAAGUCAUCGUAUGCCUGUUUAUCAAGUUUCCUUUGGGAAGGGGAGAAAACAUUUUAUAUUCAUUUGCCAAUGAACCACAGUUUUCAGUUUAGUGCCCGGUGUACACUCAGAUCUACAGAAAUAUUUAUGGAAUCUUUAUCAGGUGCCAGAUACCAUUCUAGCUUUGAACAUACAGUGGUCAAGAAGUCACGUGAAAUAUCUGCAAUCAAAGACUUUACAUUCUUUUUAAGGGGAAAGAUCAAAAACCAAAACAACAAAGAAAGAUAUAAUUCUGUAAUAACUAUUGUGGAAUAAUUCUAAAAUUCAUAGUAAAACAAUAUGACAAAGCAUUUGGCAGGGUACUGUGAUAGGAUGCUGUGUGGUGGUGAUGGAGGUGACAAGUUAGUUAGGAAAGCAUUUUAAGUGGGAUCAAAAUUAUGAACAAAGUGUGGAAAACAAAACAUGAAGUGAUAGCCUGUCUUCCUAACAAGGACAGGCUACUUUUGAGUAUGACAAGGUUUCAGGAUAAAGUGUUUUCUGAAGAACCAACCAGCAGAAGUGCCCAGAGUUCCAUGGGGAACAAGCACAGAGAAUCAUUCAGCUAACAUCUAGCUGGAGAGAGAGAGAACAUGUCAAAAAUACCUCUUCACAGCUGAUAAUAUUUUUUUGCCUUGUAUCAUGUGUGACAUUGUGUGGAAAAUGUACAAAUGUGACACAGGAUUUCAAAUAUCAGAGUGGCCUGGGAUUGUUCUAGAAAACUUUCUAGACAGAUGGGUUCUAAACUGGGGACAGACUAUUGAUUUUGGAUUGGUGCAGGGACAACCAAGCUCAGGUGAGCAGUAGGAUCUCAUAAAGUCCAAACAGCAAAAUCUCUUUGUGUUUUUCAAUAUGUGUGUAUCCCUAUAGUAAUACUUUGUAUGUAUAUUUCAAUUCACAUGGAGAAUAUUGUAAUAAAGAUUUCUCAUGCUUA